GAAGUAGCAAACAAUGAAACAUGGCGGUCAACAAGGCGAACUCCAGCACCCCGAGAGAAGCAUUGGAGGAAAUGAUAGAACUGCUCCUGGGAAGUGGAGGAGAAUUAGAACUCGGGGAUCUAGUACUGCAACUCAGUUCACACAACCGUCGUUUGGUGUCAGAUUUCGGAGCGCUGGAAUUCGUAAAACGCUUUCCGCAGCUUUUUAUUAGUCAGGCUAAGAUAGGGAAGUCCAAAUCGAAAGUGAUGGUUAAGUUAGAUAUUCCGCUAGAAUUUUGUUCUCAAGCUGGAGAGAAGGGCGGAUGUGUUACAAAAGAAUGCAUUGCUCUUCAUUUAUGUCCUUUCUUUAUCAAGGGAACCUGCAAAUUCGGAUUAAAGUGCAAAAGAUCUCACAAUUAUGGUGACGAACAUACAGUUGGUGUUCUAAAUCACUUCCGUCUCGGUUUCUUAACUAGGGAUCCUUCACAUUCCCUUUUACAAAGGAUUUUCAAAAUGAUCGUGGAUGAAAGUGAACUACAACGAGCUGCUGCCAAAAAAUCUGUUCCAGAUAUUUGUAAAUUCUAUAACAAAGCGACCUGUAAAAAAGGGGACAAUUGUCCUUGCUUGCACGUGUGUGAACAUUUCAUUGAUGGAGAUUGUAAGUUUGGCGAAGGCUGUAAAAGGGAGCAUGAUUUCUCUGACCCUCACAACAAAAAAGUGCUCAAAGAAUAUGACUUGGAUGGAAUCAGUGAGCUAAAAGUGCUUCAGCGCUUGAAAGGCAGGGAAAGGAAGCAUACCAUCAGUGAAAGCUCUGAUGUUGAAAAGCCUGAUAAAGUAUUUUCCAAAGCAGUAACUCCUGUUGUCGCGGUUCCUACUCCCAAAGCAAAGGAUGAAAAGGAAAAGGACACUGAAAUUUGUGGAUUUAAUCUGCGGGGCAAGUGUAACUAUGGCAACAACUGUAUUCAUCGUCACACAGAGCUACCUUAUUUGUGGGAAUUUUCUGUACAUGGCGAAAAGUGGGAAAGCUUUUCAAGUGAUCUAAAUACAAUGCUAGAGCAAACCUACUGUGAUGUUAAAAAAGGCAGCUGUACAGUAAUAAUCAGAGGAAUUCUUCAUCGUGUUAAAUUUGAUGGUAUGACUGCUGAACCAGUUUUACCAGAUGAUGGUAAGUAUCUUCUCUUUGAAAGUUACAAAUAGUGCUAUGCCUGAAUUCCAUGGGAGAAUGUACUAGUAACUACCAUAUAUGGGCUAUAUAUAUUUUGGUGUGUACCAUUGAUAAGGGUGUGGGAUAGGGUAUAGAAAUAAAAGGGUUUGAGCCUAUAAAUACUCUACAGUAUCAAUUUUCUGGGAAACUGGUCAAAAAUGGUGGAAGAUUUUUAUCAAGGCUGGGAAAACUGGGAAUUGGUACUGAAAAAUAAAAUCAGGAAAUUUAAAUUUACCCGCGGCUCAGUAAACUUUUGUUGUACCUGGACUGCGCUGUUGACGUUAGUGGUUUCUGGAAAAUAGCAACUCUAGGGAUACUUUAACCAUUUGCAUGGAAAAACCAAAACUUCCGGUUGGGAAGCUUCAGAAAACAUGGUCUGUGAUUUGCGGCAAGGCAAUUUUUCUACUCUUUUUAGUCUGUUCAGCUGAUUUGGAUAGAACUUUGUGGCAGGUUGUUCUCCCACCACGUCAAAUUUUACAGUUUUAUGUUUAUUCACAAGACUUCCACCCGGGUGGUUGGUGUAAAUGGUAAGCACCCUAGGAUAAAGUACCAGCUAGUAGUGGCAGCAGUGGUAGUAGCAGUAGUAGCAGGAGCAGUAGCAGUAGCUGUAGUAGCAAUAGAAGUAGGGAAAUGUAUAAAGCUACAGAAGUGAAAGCUUAGAAGACCAGACGUGAGUGAAAAGAGGGGUUGACAGAAAAAUAGAUAGUGAAGAUGUAUUCUUUGCUCUAUCAGCUGUGAAUUACAAGUCUCCCAAGGUUCGACGACUGUCCACUGUAUCAUCUGUGGGUGCUGCAGAAGGCCAUGUGUACAGCACCAGGUGGCACUGGUACUGGCAAGAUGAAAACAACAAGUGGCAGUCAUAUGACACUCCAACUGAUGGACAUGCUGUUAACACCACUAGCAGCCAAUGUCUUGAGAGAGAAUACAUGGCAGGUACGAAAUCCCCCUCUCCUUUAUUACAGAUAGCUCUUUCUAAGACCAGUACUAUGCGUCCAGCUUAGAGAGAUGUUCAUCUUAUAAAAAGUGGAAUAUGAAAGGAGUCAAGAAAGAAAGAGACAAUUAAGUUCUAAGGAGUCUGUUUUAUUGAAGUGGCCGUCCUUUAGAGGUGUCCUAUGUGAGAGAGUUGACCUAAAUCAAUCUGGUGUAGGAACUUUAGCAGGCCAUUGCUGUAAAAUAUUAAUUUUACAUGCCAUUAAAACUGGCAAAAACAAAAGUAACUUUCUAAAAUAACGUUUUCUUAUAAAAGUUCCACAAUAGUAGUUACAAAAAUCAUAAGUCAUAUGUUUCCGUUUUUUCUUCUUUUAAUCUCAUAUUGCAU